AUGUAUUAUUCAGAGAGUUUUGACUCCCUUGUUCGAUUUAUGAAUCUCGUGACGAAUCCGUUGCGUCAGCUCUAUCGUCAACGUACUUUCACCGCCCCUACCCAUGACAAGCACAUGUCGUAUUUCUCCAGAGCCAUGCGGAAAGUCAAUUUUGGCCUGGUCAAUGGCUCCCAAAACCACAGGCGCCGCAAAUCCUUGAGCCUUACUGGUGCCCUUGCCGAUGACUGUGUAACCAUAUUCCAUGCAAAUCAGCUUGAACGGGGCAACGUUGGAAGACAAAGCCACCAAGAAGAAUGCAAUGAUCUAUGUUCUCGUCCAAUUGUCUUUGAGCGAAAGAACCAAGUCCUCGGUGGAGAGAGGAUCCCGAACCGGGAGAACUUGACUCUUGCGAUGAUAGUCCACUUUUGGACACAGCUCAUCCAGAGAAUUGCCGGUCUUCUAGCCGAGUAA